GCCGCGCGUGGGGGCGCCGGGUGCGUGGGGGCGCCGGGUGCAUGGUGCAAGCGGGCGGCGUCAGGACGGGGCGCUGCGGGGGCGCACGGUGGGACAGGAGCCGAGAGGAAGAUGGCCCCUUCUCAGUAAAGCCAGCGCCGGGAACGGCGGGGCGGGCUAGGUCGUGCCAACCCUCCCAAAUGGCCUCUGCCUCUAAUGCCACUUCGCUGCUGUUGCUGCUGCUGCGCAAGACUCCUUGCGAAUAUAAUUCACCUACCACUGUCUUCAGCAGGAAAGAGGCUAAUCCCAUUUUGCCGGGAUUUACCGGGCCCGCCGCGAGCAGGUGAGGCGGCGGCAGCGGUCGGCGCCCUGGGCCUGAGCCGUGCCCCUGCCCCUGUCACCUGCCCAACUGGACCCGCCUGCCGCAGGAUGUCCGUAACAGAUCAAGCCUUUGUGACCCUUGCUACCGAUGAUGUGUACUGUCAAGGUGCUCUGGUUCUCGGACAGUCAUUGAGGAACCAUACAACAUCUAGAAAACUGGUAGUGCUAAUUACACCAGAGGUUUCCAGUGGGAUGAGGUCUGUCCUCCACAGUGUGUUUGACGAAGUCAUUGAGGUGGAUGUGCUGGACAGUGCUGACUCAGUCCAUUUAUCUGUGAUGCAGAGGCCAGAGCUGGGUGUAACCUUCACUAAGCUUCACUGUUGGACUCUUACUCAUUAUAGCAAAUGUGUCUUCAUGGAUGCUGACACUUUGGUGCUUUGCAAUGUUGAUGAACUGUUUGAUAGAGAAGAGUUUUCAGCAGCCCCUGAUUCUGGCUGGCCUGACUGCUUUAACAGUGGUGUAUUUGUGUUCCGACCUUCUUUGAAAACUUACAACCUACUGCUGCAGUUUGCUGCUGAACAUGGCAGCUUUGAUGGGGGUGAUCAAGGCUUGUUGAACAGCUUCUUCAGCAAUUGGGCAACAGCAGAUAUUGGCAAACACUUACCUUUCCUCUAUAACUUAAGCAGCAGUGCUGUAUACACCUAUGUUCCUGCUUUCAAUCAUUUUGGUAGAGAUGCCAAAGUUAUACACUUCUUGGGAUCAACAAAGCCCUGGAACUACAAAUACAACCUUCAAACAAAGAGAGUUAUGCAGGAUGCCACCACUUCUGGAUCUUUUCAUCAGCUGUCAUUUCUUGCCCUCUGGUGGAAUAUAUACAGUGCCAGUAUCUUGCCUUUGUUAAAACUUCAAGAGAUGGAAGAGUCAGAAUCGGAGGAAUGCAAGCACGCUUUCAAGGGAGUUGAAAUUACACUGAAAAAGGUCAAUCCUUACAUGGCCAAUUCGCCGCAAAUGCCUGUGCUUCCAGAGCACACACAUGAAGUGUAUCCCACAGCGUGUUCACCUGAGGAACCCGCUUUCAAAGCUCAACCUGUAUGUGAAGUUGAACAAAGCCGUUCUAACGUCCAUCUCUCUGAGCCUGACAGACCUUCAGAACAACUUAUGUUUCAUCCAGAGCUUCAGGAAACCUCAGAACUGAAUGAGAUUGCACAUUCUGUUUCAGAGCUGUCAAUUCACUUCAAACCAGAAGAACCAAGUCCAGAAGAUGAACGGAGAAAAUGGGAGGAAGGGCGCAUGGACUAUAUGGGGAAAGAUGCUUUUGAACAUAUCAAAAAGAAAUUGGAUGCAUUUUUACAUUAAGAUGGAGCGUACUGUAAUGGCCAUGACAAUAUAUUUCUUCUUGAAUACUUAUCUACCUUCAUAGUUUGACACCAAAGUUAAACAGGUAGAUUUGGAUCCUUGUGUAUUUUAGGGGAAGAUUAACAGAUACAGACUCUUGGGGUUUUUUAACUGUUAAGUGUGCCUUAUCUUUAGUUACACUUGUCUCAUCUUCAUUCUCCUCCCAUAGUGCCUUCUGAAGUACAACGAAUGAUACCUUCUGAGUUUGAACUCUCAUAUUUAUCACUCUUCCCUUCUCCUCCUCAUAGCAUUCUGCAGAAACCGUCAUGAGCAUGAAAUAUGUUGGGAGUAGAGAUUAUUUCACAAAUUGAUAUUAUUUCACAAGUAAUUUUAGAAGAUACUAUAAAACUAUUAACAUGAAAACCUUAUUCUUCAAAGCAAAUUAAUAUUUUCAAGGGCAUCCCUAGUGUAGAGUUCCAUAUGAGAAAAUAGUGAGGAGAUGAAAUGCUGCCCUCAUAGCAGUCUGCAACAAACCUUUUUAAUUUAGCUGUAUUUAGGGUUAGAAGAAAUUCAGACUAUGUCUGAGAUCAAUAGUGGAUGUUAUGCCUGUUUAUAGGAAGCUACUCAGAUUCAUCACUGAAGUGAUGAAAAGUGGUGUAAUUCUAAACAUAGACUGAUCAUGUAUGUUAACCUUUUGUAUUGUUGCUAUAGAAUAACUGGAGUUUUUUAAUAGUGCAUAUUCAAUUGCAUAUUCAGAGGAAGAAAUGCUGACACUAGAGUGUAAACCUUCUGGUGCUCUGUAUCGAUUUGUUUACAGUAAUUCAGACUGCGAGCUGACAGAGGCAUUCUUCUCCUUUAGCAUAGUGGCCCCACAUUGCAGGCAGCUUGACUGCAACUGGAAACACAGUUGGCACUUGUUUUAGUAAACAGGCCCUUUUAACAUCUUUUAAACAAUAGCUGUGUGUGGGAACUAAUAAAUCUGUAGAGUGUAGUUCCAGAAAAAUCUACUGAUGAGACUCCAUUAUCUUGAGGCUACUUAAGAGAGAUUGCUUUGUGAAUUUGGAUAUUUGAAUUAACUAAUCUUAGCAAAAUUGUCUUAACAAGCAAGGAAAAAGAAACAUUUUGAAAGAAAGGAGCUGGACAGGCAUGUUAAUAUGAUAACAGACCUAACACACUUAUUUGUAAUGCUGCUCAGUAUUAAAGUAAGAAUUCUGCAGUGUUGACGCAGGACUUGAAACAUAUUUCAGUCUUGUUAUGUCACCAAUUAUGUUACAGCCAAUGAAAUAACUUGAGAAAUCUGUUUAAAAAGCAGCAAUGUAAUGUUAUGCGUCAGCGGGAUUGCCAUAGAUGCCAGUGGAGAGGCAGCAGGGUGGGAGGGAAGGAACUUCUGUUUCUUUUUCUUCCACCAAAAAAGAUGGAGUAUAUAGGGAAUAACUUGCACAAAUAAGGAAAAGAAUGAAAGAGACAAAAGGUCCCUUAAAGGAAGAAUACCUGUCUUUGAGUAUUAUAGAAUUACACAAUCACAGUAGUGGAUUUGCUUUUACUUUUGUGGGGUAUUUCUGAUUUUAUCUAGUCCUUUAUUUGUCAUUUAUUCCAAACACUCAUAGGAUAAUAUAAGAAUAAUCUGGGAAUCUCUGCUGGCUCCUCUGAACUCCAGCUUCUAGUUCAAGUUAGAUGUUCAGAGUCUCUUAAGCCAACAAGAGAGAGGUCUAAAUGUCUAGGUGAUUCUUCUCAAGUUGCUCCAUUGAUCAUAAAGGGACCCUUGAUAGCCUGCCUUUCCUGGGCAGGUAACCUUCACAUGUUAACACAGGGAGGUAUGUUCUGCCUCUUGUUGUGUGUGGCCCAGUGCAGCCCUAUGUGCAAAUCGGAGCAGCUGUAGUCUACUCUUACUCCUGUGGUAUUUGAUCUGCUGGUUAUUCUUGUUUCUUAGUGCACUUCUGAGAGAGGUUUCUGUUUUAUAAGCAUUAUUGCUCAUCUCUUUCAAACAGUUUUUGAAGACUAUAUAAAACUGUAGUCAACAAUGUGAACUCACGCUUUGGACGACUGUAAUUUUUAUAGUAACUGCUGGAUCUUACUGGGCACAUUAAAUAGAUGAUGGGAGAAAAAAUACUGACAUGAAAUCAGUAAAGAAAAGGUUUUAAAAUAGCCAUAUGAAAGUAGUAAAAGGAACUGUCAUGGAAUAUAUUUAAAAGUGCUAACAUGUCAAAUGCUACUGUGUGUGGAUUAUACAAUGUUUUGUAAAGAAAUGUAGUACAUGAAUGUCACAGAAAUAAAGCAGAAAUGGAAAGGACAUAUGAAGUGAUGUGUGUAUCAGAUGAUGGCGGGGUUACACGUUGUUUGUG